AUGGGGUUUUCGAUCGAUUGAAGCUAUGGCGAUGGCGCUGUGAGAGGUAAGAAGAGAAGAUGAUUCUUCCCUCCAUCGGGAUGAUAGCGCGCGGUGGAUUUUGAUCGAUCGCUGCAAUGCUCUUCACGGCGCUUCGUCGCGGCAAAAUAUUUGGCAGGGCUUCGAAGAUCGGGGCCGUGUUCUUGAGCUCCGAUGCUCGAUCCUACCCCGGCCGAUUGGCGGGCAAGACGGCGCUCAUCACUGGCGCUGGAAGUGGCAUUGGCCGCGAGGCUGCCCUUCUCUUCGCGCACGAAGGCGCGUGUGUGGCUGUGGUGGACAAGAGCGUCUCCGGAGCGGCAAAAACCGUGGAUGCGGUGAGAGAAUUUGGGGGCAAAUGCCUCGCCAUCGCCGGUGGUGAUGUCUCGAUUCCUUCCGACGUCGAGAAAAUGGUGCUCGAGACCGAGAGAGCGUUUGGUGGUCUCCACAUAUUGUUCAAUAAUGCUGGGAUCAUGGACGCGAAUGAUGGUGAUGCGAUCAACACACCAGACGAUGUCAUUGAUAGAACUCUCGACAUAAACGUCAAGGGAGUUAUUUACGGGUGUAGAUAUGGCAUCCCCGCGAUCCAGAGAUCAGGUGGUGGCUCGGUCAUCAACACAGCCUCCUUUGUCGCGUUUCUAGGCGCAGCAACACCACAAAUUGCUUACACAGCGAGCAAAGGCGCGGUACUGGCGCUAACUCGAGAGCUCGCGGUGCUCCACGCCCGUGACAAGGUCCGUGUCAAUUCCAUUUGUCCUGGACCCAUCCAGACGGAGCUCAUGAUGAAGGUUUUGGACACCGAAGAGAAGAGAAAUCGCAGGCUCGUUCACAUUCCAAUGGGAAGAUUUGGCAAAGCUGCAGAGAUCGCUAGAGCCGCAUUGUUUUUGGCGUCGGACGAGAGCUCCUUUGUGACCGGCGCGAGCUUGCUCGUUGAUGGCGGCAUCACGGCCGCCUACGUCACCCCGGAGUGAAAGGCGACGACCAGCAAAGUCAAACAAAUCAGUCAACCCGUCCUAAGUCAAAGUGGCACGGUACCAACGUACGGCACCUGGACUAGGGCACGGCUUGGCAGUCUAGGGCA